AUAUAUAUAUAUAUAUAUUAUAAAAUUAUUUAAAGAAUAAAGUCAUGAAAGCUAUCUAAAACGAAACAUUAUACAAACAAUUAAUAGCAGCCAUAUUAAUAUUUUUUAAGAAGAGCUAAGAACAUUCGUCUUUUCGUCGUCAGCUGUCAUUGAAGAUCUGGUUGGAUUCGAUAAAAGUCUCUCCACUUCUCCGAACUCUAACAACAAUGUUAUUCCUAGUGGGAGACAAAUCAGAAGUCAUAAGAUUGGAUUCAAAAGAUGAAAUCAAAGGAGUGGAAUCAAGUAAAGAUGAUGUUCGAACAAACAGAAAAAAGAAGAAUUCGGGAGAUAGUAAAACAGGAAAACCAAGAAGAGCAAGAACUGCUUUUACCUACGAACAAUUAGUUGCUUUGGAAAAUAAAUUCAAGACAACUCGAUAUUUAUCUGUGUGCGAACGUCUAAACUUAGCUCUUUCACUCAGACUUACUGAAACCCAAGUAAAAAUUUGGUUUCAGAAUAGGAGAACAAAAUGGAAGAAACAGAAUCCUGGAAUGGAUGCCAAUAGUCCCACUUUGCCCCCUUCACAAAAUAGCAGUCUCAGUACUUCCUAUGCAUCUCCUCCCGUAUAUCCUACCACGUCCAGUUUGUUGUAUGGUAAUCAGUUACCCUAUCUCUCCACUUCAGCUCUUCCUUACCCUUUAAUCGCCACUAAUCAACCCUUCACAACCUCUCAUCCAUAUUUUACACAUUUGGGACAUUCGUAGAUGAAAUAAAAAUCCUUUAUAGGAUAUAACCUAUACGUUAUGACAUAACAGUCUGCCAGGAAAGUUCUGUAGUAAUUGAUUUAAAUAAGUUUUAAAAUAUUCAAAAUUUAUUUGUGUUUUCCCCCCUCCCUCCUUUUGCAAAAUUAAAGCUAGUUAGAAGUAAAAUUAAUAAUAAACAGUUAAAUUUCUGUACAAAUUUAUCUUUAAAUGUAUAAAUCAAAUACUUCUUAACUUCUUGGCAGUGCUGCUUAAGAGAAAAAUAUCUCCAUGAUGUGUGCUUCUCAACAUCCGGAUCUAACUCUCAAGAUGAAGAAUGUUUGACUAAUUUUCUCACGCGUAAGUUCGGUAUUUUUGUACAGAGUCAAUACCAUAAAUAUUUUAAAUCUUUCGUUAUUACCUAAUUUAAUUUCCGGUUGCAAAUUAUUCCGAGGAGCAUAAAUAUUAUAAGAAAAAAAAAAUAGUGUCAUCUGUUUAAAUCGGUAACAUUCCACAAGGAAAAAAAAA